AUGAAUUUCGUCUAUUGUGAGUCACAGUGUAGAAUUCACUUUAUUGCCGCAAUAAUUGCCAUCAUACUCUGUUUUAAGAGGAUAAAAAAAGCCCAUGUUCUCGUCAUUCCGAAUUCCAGUGGUAGUGACCAAUUCAGUACUAAAAAUUUGCUUCACCCUGUUGAAGGUGACCCUUACGUCAAACUGUAUUUGCUCUGCAGAGGGAAGCGUCUGGUAAAGAGGAAGAGUCAUAUCAAGAAACGGACGUUGAAUCCGGUCUAUAACGAAGCAUUUACUUUUGACCUACCGGUGAACAUCGACAUUUCAGAAAUAGGCGUAGAAUUUAGCAUUCUCGAAUGGGAUCGAAUGACUAAAAAUGAGACUCUUGGCCGCGUUGUACUGGGCACAAAAGAAAUCGUCCUGCAAACAGGGGAUGAGCGCCAUUGGUUAGAAGUCAUACGGAAUCCGCGAAAACAGAUUGCGGAGUGGCAUCGUCUGGCGUGA